CAGCUCCUCGUCAGACCUCUCGCCUUCACCAUGCAGCGCCAGAUCCUGCGUCAAGCUCCUCGCGUCAAGGCCAGCGCCUUCGCAAUGAAAUCGGCCUCCACAGCCGCCAAGGCCUCGCCGCUGAUUCUGUCGCGUAACUUCUCGACGCCAGUGCCGGUCAAACAGACCAACCUGCUAAUCAACGGCGAAUUCGUUCCGUCCAUCACUGGAAAGACCUUCGAGACGUUCAACCCCGCCACGGAGGAAAAGAUCGCCGACGUAGCCGAAGCCGGAACCGCCGACAUCGAUGCUGCUGUUGCUGCCGCUCGCUCUGCCUUCGAGGGGCCAUGGCGCACCAUGCCCGCGGCGGAGCGUGGUCGUCUUAUCAACAAGCUCGCAGACCUCAUCGAAGAAAACAUCGACGAGCUCGCUGCCCUCGAGGCGCUUGACAACGGCAAGCCAUGCGCCGAGGCCAAGGCCGCUGACCUGGGUCUUGUACUGAAGACCUACCGCUACUAUGCUGGCUGGCCCGACAAGAUCCACGGUGCCGUGAUCCCCAUCACCGGCCCCUACCUUUGUUAUAACAAGGCCGAACCCGUCGGCGUGUGUGCUCAGAUCAUCCCGUGGAACUUCCCUCUGCUCAUGAUGGCGUGGAAGCUGGGACCCGCUCUUGCUGCCGGUAACACCAUUGUGCUAAAGCCUGCCGAACAGACCCCACUGUCUGCUCUUCGAGUGGGUGAACUUAUCGUUGAGGCUGGCUUCCCCAAGGGUGUGAUCAAUAUCGUGCCCGGUGUGGGCCCCACUGCCGGUCGCCACUUGGCGCAGCACCCGAACGUCGACAAGGUCGCGUUCACCGGUUCCACUGAGGUUGGCUACCAGAUCAUGCGCACGUCACACGUGAGUAACAUCAAGCGGGUGACGCUGGAACUCGGUGGCAAGUCUGCCAAUAUCAUCCUGGACGAUGCUGACAUCGACCUUGCCAUUCAGCAGUCGCAACUCGGUCUGUUCCUAAACCAGGGCCAGUGUUGCAUUGCUGGUACCCGUGUGUAUGUCCAGGAGGGAAUCUACGAUGAGUUUGUGCGCCGCUCUGUGGAGGCUGCCAGCUCGCGUGUGGUCGGCGACCCGUUCAGCUCUGCCACGCAGCAGGGCGCGCAGAUUGACGAGACCCAGUUCGAGAAGAUCUUGGGAUACAUUGACGAAGGUGUCAAGGAAGGCGCUCGUCUGUUGACUGGCGGCAAGCGCCACGGUGACAAAGGCUGGUUCAUUGAGCCCACUGUGUUCGCAGAUGUGACGGACGACAUGACAAUUGCUCGCGAGGAGAUCUUCGGUCCAGUCAUGUCCAUUCUCAAGUUCAAGACCAUCGACGAAGUCAUUGAACGCGCCAACGACUCCGUUUACGGUCUUGGAGCUGGCGUUGUGACCAAAAACAUUGACAACGCCAUCAAGAUCUCCAACGGUAUUCGCACAGGAACGGUGUACGUCAACUGCUACGACGUGCUCGACGCCAACACCCCGUUCGGUGGCUUCAAGGACUCUGGUAUCGGUCGCGAGAACGGCGAGCUGGGCCUGCGCAACUACUUGGAGCACAAAACGGUGAUUAUCAAGCGCCCGGACGACUCGAUGCCUUAAGUUUGUUUCUGUUGUUUUGAAAGUUUAAAGCAAGUAAGCUGAACUAAUGAAAAUGAUGCACGUCUCUCC